AGCGCAAACAGGAAAAGCGGCAGAAGCGCGGAGCAUACAGGGAGUUGUAGUUUGCCCGCCUCCUUGUAGGCAAAGAGACAACAACCUGAGAGAUGACAAGUUUACCUAUAAAGGAGAAUACAAUACUCCCUACGGUCCCAUCACAGCAGAACAAUAAUAAUGAGGAACCCAGUCCAGAAGCUGAAGGUGAAUUGCUGGGUAGACUUAAAGAGUUUCCUGAGGACUUCAACCAAUUAGAGUUGCUGGAGACACACCGCCAUUUAAUUCCCACAGGAACCCAGAGCCUUUGGACUCCAGAUUCUGAUGAAGAAGAGGAAGAGAAAACUGAGGAGUGGUAUCAAGAACAGGAAGUGACAUUAGAACAGAAUCCUAAAGAACUGUUGCUUUUUGCAGCAGAAAACAACAGGCUCACCACCUUGCAAAGAAUCCUCGCAAAGGAGCCAGGUCUUGUAAACACAACAGAUGAUGAUCACUAUACACCACUACAUCGAGCCUCAUAUAAUGGACACCUUAGCGUGGUACGUGAGCUUAUUGCCAGGGGUGCUAAUGUGCACGCUGUCACCGUGGACGGUUGGACCCCUCUGCACAGUGCAUGCAAAUGGAACAACACCUCCGUGGCUUCUUUCUUGCUGCAGCACGGAGCAGAUAUCAACGCACAGACUAAAGGUUUGCUGACCCCUCUGCACUUGGCUUCUGGAAACCGCGAUAGCCGACAAAUUCUAGAACUUUUGCUGAUGAACCGAUACGUCAAACCACAUCUGAAAAAUAAACUAGAGGAAACUCCCUAUGACAUUGCCAGGCGGACAGAUUUGUAUCACUACCUCUUUGAAAUUGCUGAUUAUUGGACAAAUCCAUUUUCAGAAACAUAACUCUCACAAUAAUGAAACCCUGCAGUUUUUCAAUGAGUAAAUGUAACAGUUCAGAUCACUAAAACAGAGCCGCAUGUUGCUUGAGUUUUUUUAGCUUACACUUACAUUAAUGGAAACAAACACCGGUAUUUAUCAAUAUUACUAUCAUUGUAAACUAACAUUAAAAAAAAUUAACAGGACUUUCCAGGUCUGCUUGAAAGGUAGAAGAACUUUAAGUUGUUUUUUUGUUUUACUUUUACUUUAAAAAAAAAAUUAAAAAAAAUUUGUGAAAACACUUUUUUAUGUUAUAGUGGAAAAAACAUUUUAAAAGUAAAAGUGGCUUUUUGUUAAGUUUUGAUCUUAAAGGGACACUGAACCCACUUUUUUUCUUUUGUGAUUCAGAUAGAGCAUUCGAUUUUAAGCAACUUUAUAAUUUACUCCUAUUAUCAAUUUUUCUUCGUCCUUUUGCUUUCUUUAUUUGAAAAAAGAAGGCAUCUAAGCUAUUUUUUGGUUCAGAACCAUGGAAAGUACUUGUUUAUUGGUGGGUGAAUUUAUCCACCAAUCAGCAAGAACAACCCAGGUUGUAAACCAAAAAUUGGGUUCAGUGUCCCUUUAACACUACAAUUUUAUUAUAAAUUGCACCAAAACUGUGAAUUUCAAUACAUUUGACUUAAAACACAGUUUAAGUGAACUAUACUUGUGUACCAGGUUCUGCAAAUAUAUAGCCAACCCAGCACCUGUACUGAUGUGUUUGGGUGUAUGUGGAAUUGUAUUCUUUUUAAUUACGUUUGAGCUUUGAUUAAAAAAUUAAUAAAA